UUUUGCAUUGGCUGAUCUAGGGCUAGGGAUAAAGAGGGCUGCUGUCUUCUUCAGUUCUUUAGCUAUCGAAACAGAGAUCGGUGAAAUGGCGCCUCCUCCAGGACCGUAUUCCGGUACCAGCACCCUUGCUUUGGUCGCUCGUGUUUCCGCAUUCUCUGCGGGUCUGGUUUACGGGAGCAUUAAGCUCAAGUACCUCAAGUCCAAGGCAAAGUCUCAGAAGAAAGCUGAAGCAAAGUCUCAUCACUGAAGGAGAUGGGCUGUUUUUUUUUGGUUUCUGAUGGAAAUAAUUUGAUUGUGGCGGAACAUAUUUCAUCUUGGUGUAAAGCAUCUCUGUGUUCUGUGGUGCCAUGCUUAUAGCUUAGUGUUUAUUUGUUUUUUGUUGAGAAUUGUUGGUUAGUCGGCUAUGGCCAUUACAAUGGUAGUUCAGCUUGCUCCAUUGCCUGUAAGCAAAAAGGGUGUUCACUAUCAUCUCUACCCUUGACUAGAAAAAUAAUUUGUUCCUCAGUUUAAAGAUCCAAAUCGAGCUUGCAAUUUUGCAGCAUUGUGCCUGUUGCUA